CCGCAGCGUUUCGAGCGCGUCUCUUCCGUCAGGAGCGCUCAGUUCUUUAGCCGCCGCACGUUUAAGCAAGCGCGACGUUUUCUCCAGACAGAACCCCUUUUCCUAUAACGUGUCGAUAAUAUGUGGAAAUCUGUGGUGGGACACAAUGUUAAUGCGAAGGCGGCAGCGGAGUCGGAUGACUGGGAGACAGAUCCCGAUUUUGAGAAUGACAUCUCAGAGCAGGAACAGAGGUGGGGGUCCAAGACCAUUGAGGGAUCAGGCCGCAAAGAGCACAUCAGUGUCGCAGAUCUCAGACAGAAGGUGUCCCACGAGCAUGAGGAAGUAAAGAAGAAGCAAAUGGAACAGGGCCCCAAGGCUUCUUAUGGUUACGGGGGCAAAUAUGGAGUGGAGAAAGACCGAAUGGACAAGGUGGCAUUGGGACACAGCUACGUGGCAGAAGUAGAGCAGCACUCGUCCCAGAAGGACGCAGCGAAGGGUUUCGGCGGGAAAUACGGCGUGCAGCAGGACCGUGUGGACAAGUCUGCCAUGGGUUAUGAGUACAAGGGGGAGGUGGAGAAGCACACCUCUCAGAAAGACUAUGCCACGGGAUUUGGAGGGAAGUAUGGCGUGCAGAAGGAGAGAGUAGACAAGGCUGCCGUGGGUUACGAGUACAAGGGUGAAACAGAGAAACAUCAGUCACAGAAAGAUUACUCCAAGGGCUUUGGAGGCAAGUACGGGGUGGAGACAGAGAAGGUGGACCGGGCUGCUUUGGGUUACGACUACAAAGGAGAGACAGAGAAACACCAGUCCCAGAAAGAUUACUCCAAGGGCUUUGGAGGCAAGUACGGGGUGGAGACAGAGAAGGUGGACCGGGCUGCUUUGGGUUACGACUACAAAGGAGAGACAGAGAAACACCAGUCCCAGAAAGAUUACUCCAAGGGCUUUGGAGGCAAGUACGGGGUGGAGACAGAGAAGGUGGACCGGGCUGCUUUGGGUUACGACUACAAAGGAGAGACAGAGAAACACCAGUCCCAGAAAGAUUACUCCAAGGGCUUUGGAGGCAAGUACGGGGUGGAGACAGAGAAGGUGGACCGGGCUGCUUUGGGUUACGACUACAAAGGAGAGACAGAGAAACACCAGUCCCAGAAAGACUAUGCAAAGGGUUUUGGAGGAAAAUAUGGUGUUGCGGUAGACCGCAUGGAUAAGAGUGCAUCAUCCUUCAGCGAAAUGGAGGCACCAACAUCAUCUUAUAAGAAGACUCAGCCGUCUGAGGCUUCGAGUGCAGGUGCUGGAAACCUGAAAGCUCGGUUUGAGAACAUGGCGAAAGCUUCAGAGGAAGAGAACAGGAGAAGAGCGGAGGAAGAAAGAGCCAGAAGACAGGCCCGAGAGCAGAGGGAGCAUGAGGAGGCGCGGAACAGACAGCAGUUACAGAGCAGUGAAGAGGCAGAACAGAGGACUGUGCCUGCACCUGCGCCUCAGCCUCCUUCCCAGGAAUUCAGACCGCUGCCCGAAACACCCAAAGACCUGCCUGAUCCUGUACACGAGGUGGAUGAGCAGCCUGAAUAUGAAGAGCCGCCUUCCCUGCCCCUCCGCUCUGCAGACCUGCUGGAGGAGGAACAGCCAGAUGAAGACUCUCCUCCUCCUCUUCCUCAUAGAGAGGCUGAUGAAGGAGAAUAUGAGGAAAUUGCAAAAGCUAACUUUACUGCUACUGAUAAUGAUUAUGAAGAUGUUGGCUGUGGCCUAUCAGCUGUAGCGCUUUAUGACUAUCAGGGCGAAGCCGAUGACGAGCUCUCCUUCGUGCCCGAAGACAUCAUAAUAAAUAUUGAGAUGGUGGAUGAGGGUUGGUGGAAGGGAAGUUGCCAUGGCCGCAGUGGCCUGUUCCCAGCAUCCUUCGUGAAGCUCAUGUAACAUGCAUCACCAACCAGAUGGAAAACUCGCUUGCUUUAUUUUACUGACUCAACUGCAUGCCUCCAAAAUUCAAUCAAGCAACUCAAAUGUGAAGCACAAACUGUCCCGCUGCCUAGGAACGCAUACCGCAAAAUUCAAUCUGCCAUUAGACCUAGAUGUCCAAAUCUGAACAGGAAUCCGCAGGCUUAGCAGCAAUGCCUGACUGCUCCAGUGCAAUAUGUACAAGGUGCAGACACAGGCUGUGGACAAGUGCUUCCUGGAUUCAGUCUGUGUCUGUCUACAGAGCUUCAAGGAGCAAAUUCCAUUAAUUUAGUGUUCCCUUACCCCAGCCCCAACCACAUUUUUUGCUGUUUGUGCUCAUAGCAUAGUAUUAUAUUAUAUUAUAUUAUAUUAUAUUAUAUUAUAUACCGGGUAUUCAGUGUUUGGUUGCUUAACAUGUUGGGAGCCGGGGUAAAGCAAAAAAAAAAACCUGCCAAAUAUAUUAGCCAGUGGAAAACUGAUAUUUGGUUAAUGUACAUCUUGUGCAUUUUGACUGCAUUGCAACAACUUAGCGACUCAGUUUGUAUUGAAAUGUUUUUUAAACAUUUUUAGACAUUCACCUGAAUAUUAAGCACAAUGAAAUGGUACUGUGUUUUCAUAGUCAACAGAUAAAAGGGAAACAUUUCUGUUAAUAUUGGGGAAAACUGAAUUUAUUGUCCACCAUCUUUGUUAUAAAUGAUUAUAAGGCAAAACCUUGUUAAUGACUCAUCAUUCCAAUAAUGUAGAGAAUGGGAAAACAAAAAUAUUAAAAGAACAACAUCCAUUAAAGAUCUACCUUGAACCAAA